AUGUCAAAACCUUGUGAUGUGAAGUUAAAAAAUUAUGAUAUUUCAGAAGAGGUCGGUUUUCUAUUAGAAGACCCUUUAGAAAAACUUCCAGAAUACUUUGAACCAUGGAACAAAUUGUCAAGCGCAAUGCCAGAACUAGUUUUGGCUGGUAUAUUUAGGGAAGAAGUGAAAAAGAUUCCAGAACUUGCCGACGGAAAACUAGCGAAUAAUAAAGAAUUAAGAUUAGCUCAUCUUCAACUAUCAAUUAUUGGUAGCGGGUAUAUAUGGCAGGAUGGUGAUAAAGGUGUUCCAAAGAUGAUACCAAGAUGUAUAGCAGUACCAUGGUACAAUGUGUCUAAAAGAUUAGAUAUUCAACCAAUUUUAAGUCACCCAUCCUUUUGUUUAGCUAACUGUAAAAAGAUAGAUCCAGAGAGACCUUUAAGUUUAGAAAACAUGAAAAGUACUUAUAAAGUACCUGGUGGUGAUAGUUGUAAUUGGUUUUGUAUUGUUACUGGUGCAGUUGAGCUAGAAGUUGCAAAUUCUUUGAAGCCUAUAUUAACAAUAUUAAACGGUGUUCAGAAUGGAGAUACAGAAGUGGUCAUAACAAAUCUACAGAAUCUUACCAGUGUUAUCAGACAGUUGAAAACUGUUGUGUCGAGGAUGCAUGAUAAUCUAAGUUCUGAGUUGUUUUACAACGUCAUCCGACCAUUUCUUGCCGGAUGGGGAGGGGAAGACAGUCCAAUGCCAGAUGGUUUGAUAUAUGAAGGUGUAGAAAAUAAUAAACCAAUAAAGGCCCUGGGAGGAAGUGCUGCUCAGAGCACCAUCUUACAGACUAUUGAUGCUGUUCUAGGAAUCAAACAUAAGGAUGAGAAAGAAAAGUUUCUGAAACUAAUGAGAAAAUAUAUGUUACCUAAACAUCGUCAAUUUAUAGAGGAUAUAGAAAACUUACCUAGACAACUGAGCGAAAUGGUUCUUACUACUUACAAUGAUGAAUUAAAGAAAGUAUAUAAUAGUUGUAUUGAAUCUGUUACACAGUUUAGAAGUUACCAUAUACAAAUGGUCACUAAAUAUAUUGUAAUUGCUGCCAGUAAGCAGAAUAGUAAUAAAGAAUUCGAGAGUUUGUCUAAAAAAGGUACCGGUGGCACAAAUUUAAUACCAUUCCUUAAAGGCCUCAGAAACGAUACCAAAGAUACAGUUAAAUAAAUCAACUUUAUUUGUG